AUGAUGUUGACUCUACGAAAGGACAGCAACGACGUCUUUCACGUGCGCCACCAGGUACCGUCGACGAAGCGCACGCAAUCCGACAAGGAACGCAAGAAGAAGGAGAAGCAUGGGCGUCGUGAGCGGUCGCAAGAGACUGAGGAACGGCGGAAACGCACUGGUAGGAAGCUGAGCGAGGCACUGUGGAGCCCGAAACAGAUGUUGCUGAGGCGAAAAAAGCCGCUCGGCCCGAGUUUGUCCUGGGAACCUGAGCGUUUGGACGCUGUUGGCUCAACCGAAGCGAGAAGUCGAAUCCAUUCGGACGGCUCCGAUGGCAGCGAAAACGAACGCUUGAAGCAUGGAGACUGCAUCGAAGAACCGCGGUUCGAGCUGGAGUUACUGUGCGGGCACUGCGCUCUCGUAGCUGCACACCGUCGUGAACUGCUGAAGACAGAAAUCGAAAGCGCUGUGAAGCUGCUCGCGCGUCGCCUGGGAUCCGGAAGAACAUGGCAGGGAACCACCAAGGUCCCACUACAGGGCAUGCCAAACAUCGUUGUUUCCUCCAUUUCUUCGGACGAAGACGAACUGACACCGGAGCGGAACACCAGCAGCGAGAGGGGAUCGUCGCUGCAAACAUCCGAGACAAGUUCACCGUGCAGCUCUGCUUCAGCGUCACCGCAAGUACAACGAUGCGACAACGACAUCAUUUUGGUGGACUCCCAGUCGUCACAAGAUCAAUCACCUCCACGACUUUUAAUGCCGCCAGCACUCCUCUCACCAUAUCCGGACUCUGCGUCACCUCCUCGCUCGAACUCAGUUGAUCUCUCAACGCUACGAAGAGACAUUGAACUGCUGUCAAUUUCAUCUGGCGACAGCGCUACUGAAUCUGAAUUCGAACCUCCUACUCCAGCCGAGAGUGUGAGAACUACGCGGUCGAAGAGUCAUGACCCGGCAUGUCCUGGCUCGGUGCUCAGGAGACCAAGCAGAAUCGAAUAUCUUUCGGAGUUGUUCAGGAAAGCUCUCGCCAAAUCUCCUGUGGUAAGAAGAACAGCCGUGGAGCAGGAAUCGAGGACAGUGAACAAACAUAGGACAAGUCGUUACUGGCUUGACGAACAGAUUCAUCCUUCCGAACAUAUUUGGCUGCCAUCAUCUGGUCCAGGCUCGUCAACUUCGGUAGAUUCCGAAUGCUACGUCGGCGAGAAGGAUUGCCGUAAAGUGGGCGAGAAAAGACGCUGCGCAGCCUGCCACGUGGUCGCUCACACAUCCUGCUUUCCACUGCUAUCCAAGUUAAACCUCAACUGUAAGAUGACAUUCUAUGAUCAUACUCUCAAGAAACAAUCACAAAAAGAGGCGAACGACAGUCUCAGCAUGCACCAUUGGGUUCACAAGUGGCGACAUGAAGGGCGAUGCACCAAGUGCGGGAAAUCCUUCCAACAGAAAAUGUUCAAUUUUCAACAGAAGGAAAAAAAGGAAACUAUGGCUGUGGCAUGUUCGUGGUGCAAAGAUUCAUACCAUUUGAAAAAUUGUUUCACCAAAGAAAAACUAGAGGAAAGGUGCGACCGCGGUCAGCUUCGUGAGAUGGUCGUGCCGCCGAACUGGAUUCUUCGCCUUCCCACCCGCCAUCGGAACAAGCACAAACAGAACACGAAUCGGCAAAGUAAAAGGCCUACUCGUCAGUUCAUCGUCAAACCAAAUGAUUGGUCCGCUGGUCCUUCGCAACCACUUCUAGUGUUCGUCAAUCCUAAGUCCGGUGGUAAUAAGGGUUCAAAAGCUCUUCAUACACUGUGCUGGUUGCUGAAUCCCCGUCAAGUUUUCGACAUUACCAGCCUAAAAGGCCCAAAGUUUGGACUGGAAGUGUACCGAAAAAUCAUUACACAGUUGCGACUUCUUGUUUGUGGCGGUGACGGCACAGUUGGAUGGGUUUUGCAGACGCUCGACAACCUGAACUGGCCAACCUAUCCUCCAAUGGCGAUAAUGCCUUUGGGGACCGGGAACGAUCUCGCCAGAUGCAUGGGAUGGGGUGGAGUGUUCUCGGAUGAACCGAUGAGCCAGCUCUUGCAGGCUGUUCUUCGUGAGACAACUGUCACACAUCUUGAUCGGUGGAACGUCGACGUCGAACCAAACGAGUCCUCUCCACUGGACUCAACGGAUGAGUUAAGUGAUGCGGUGCAAUCCUCGCUUCCACUUACUGUCAUGAACAACUACUUCUCCAUAGGCGCGGAUGCUCACGUUGCUCUGCAGUUCCACCACAGUAGAAGUGCCAAUCCUCAGAUGCUUAAUAGCCGCUUGAAAAAUCGCAUCGCGUAUGGCGGCUUAGGGACGAUUGAUCUGUUUAAGAGGAGUUGGAAAGAUCUGUCCGAAUACAUAUAUCUAGAGUGCGACGGAGUAGAUCUGACGCCGCGCAUAAAGGAACUCAAACUGCACUGUAUUUUAUUUCAAAACAUCACUUAUUACGCCGGUGGUACCAUCCCAUGGGGUAACGAUUCAAUUGGUGACUUCGUUAAGCCAAGCUGCUGCGAUGGAUUGCUGGAAGUGCUGGGAUUCACCACUGCUACACUGGCAGCCCUACAAAUGGGCGGGAAAGGAGAGCGACUUGCUCAGUGUAGCACCGUGAAGGUGAUCACACUUAAGCCAAUUCCAAUGCAGGUUGACGGCGAACCAUGCCUUCUUGCCCCGUCGCAUAUACGCUUGAAUUUUCACAGUAAGGUACCCAUGCUGCGAAGGGAGAAGAAAACGAAUUGCACUCCUAAUCUGAUGCGAAGGAAUACGAGGAACUACCACAAGGACUCGCAGGCGAGUGUGCAGUCAACUUCACUAAUAAUGCAACUGCCUGUAAUCGUUGUGGGACGCCACGAUUACGACACAUACAAGGAUGCAUUCGAGAGACUGAAGGACACCGCAUUCGAGAUUGGUGUCAUCAACAUGGACUCGGAAAGCGAUCUUAGUACCGCUCGGGAAGUCGUUCAGAAGCUCCUCCUAGACCAUCCCUGCCUGCCCUACGAUAGUGGCCGAGAGUGGCGGUUCCUCGAUUAUGUUACGAACGCUGAAGAGGGAACGUUUCGAGUUUCUCGAGCCCAAGAACAUGUCAACUCCAUCUCCGAUAUUUGCAAUCCCGACGACUGUCUUCUGAUCCUUGAUGACGCUUUCCCAUCGAUUACAAACAGAUCAGCCGGCAUGGAUGCCAAUCUUAUGUACGCCCCUCCUGCUGCAGUGCAGCAGCCGCAACGCACGUUGAUGCAGCGGCGAAUCAGUGAAACACUUCGGAUUGUACUGAGCAGCGACGCGCAAGAGACGCAUUUGUUAUGCUGUGCUGGUGAUCGUUGCUCGAAGUUUAUCGACCUAUGGAUGACCUACGACGGUGAUGCUGAAGCGAUCGGGAGAGGUGGUAGUCGCUCGGGGCCAGGCCCUGGCUGUACAGUGGGUGCGGUAGAACUUCCCACCCAAGCUCCAGAAUUUUCUGGAAAGUCGUCUUCGCGAUGUGAGGGCUGCGUUAUCGUGCAGCAGGCGAACGUUGUCGAGCUUCGGGUGCUUCUUGCGGAUCUUGUCGGCCAGUCUUUGCAGUUGAGCGCAGUAGAAAUCGGCAGUAACUGUCGUGUUGUCCGGCAGCAGUUCGAAACGAUAGACUCCAUGAACUCCCCAUCAGAUGCUCAGCAUGACCUUCUUCUCAUGGAUUUCACCUUUCACGAAAGGAUCCGGCAUUUCAUAGCCAGCGCACCACGCACGUUUGUGGGUGUGGUUGACGUAGAGGACCCAUUUUUCAUCUCCAGUGACAAUGGUGUCCAGCCAGUCGAAUCUGCGGCUUCUGGAGAGCAGCUGAAUACACAUGUCCAGGCGUCUUCGGCGGUUGUCGUCGCUCAAUGCAUGUGGGAGCCACUGACGAGCUUUUUCACCAUUCCGAGAGAUCGCAGUCCAUUGCUCACGGUGGGCAGCGAUCAGCGAAGACUGGCAGCAAAACACCGCACACCUUCAUAUAAAUGCUGCUCCGUCAGAUUUUUCACUCCGUCGAACUAUAUUUCAGCCGGUCGACCAGAGCGAGGCUCAUCUUCGAGUUUCUUGUUUCCGGCUUAG